AUGCUGGACAAAUCCACCCAAGCCAUCCGCAAAGAAUUGCGCGCCCUGCACGACGUCAUCAUGGCUCCGUACCGCGAGCAGAGACGAGAUAAAGCCCGUGCCGCGGCGAAUAUCGGCGUGAAAAAGCGCCGGCUCGCGAUUGCUGCCAAGGAUGAUUUGCGGAGUGCGCGCGAGGCUCCUAGAGUGGCGGAUGCCGUUAAAGUCGAAGAGGAGUGGGAGGAAGAAGAUUGUCGAGAGAGGCUGAGCUAUAAGCGCCGAGGACUGCGAUCGGGGUGGGCUCAGAUGCGUCGCUAA